UACAUGGAAAGUACAAACAAUGUGACAGAGUUUGUCCUACUGGGGCUCACAGAGAAUCCAAAGAUGCAGAAAAUUAUAUUUGCCAUGUUUCUUGUCAUCUACAUCAUCACUGUGGUAGGAAACGUGCUCAUCGUGGUCACCAUCACGGCCAGCCCAUCACUUGGAUCCCCGAUGUACUUUUUCCUGGCUUAUCUCUCCUUUAUCGAUGCUUGCUACUCCACGGUCAAUACCCCUAAACUGAUCGCAGAUUCAGUCCGUGAAAGGAAGACCAGCACAUUCAAUGGCUGCAUGACUCAAGUCUUUGGAGAACAUUUCUUUGGAGGUGCUGAGGGCAUCCUUCUCACUGUGAUGGCUUAUGACCGCUAUGUGGCCAUCUGCAAACCUUUGCACUACACAACCAUCAUGAACCGGAGAGUGUGUGGCCUGCUCGUGGGAGUAGUGUGGAUGGGAGGCUUUCUACAUGCAACCAUACAGAUCCUCUUUAUGUUUCGAUUACCUUUUUGUGGCCCUAACAUUAUUGAUCACUUUAUGUGUGACCUGAACCCUUUGCUCAAUCUGGCCUGCACUGAUACCCACACUCUAGGGCUCUUUGUUGCUGCCAACAGUGGGUUUAUCUGCCUGUUAAACUUUCUCCUCUUGAUGGUCUCCUAUGUGGUCAUCCUGCAUUCCCUAAGGACCCAUACCUUGGAGGGGAGGCGCAAAGCUCUCUCAACAUGUGUUUCCCACAUCACAGUGGUCGUCUUAUUCUUUGUGCCCUGCAUCUUUGUGUACAUGAGGCCUGCAACCACUUUAGCUGUUGAUAAGGCAGUUGCUGUAUUCUACACCAUCAUAACUCCUAUGCUAAACCCCUUAAUUUAUACCUUGAGAAAUGCCCAGAUGAAAGAUGCCAUUAGGAAAUUGUGUAGAAGAAAAGCUAUUUCAAGUGGCUGA